CCCGGCAAUGCUACACGGCCUACAGAAAGUCCACACAGCUGGGUCCCUGGUAGCCAUGGAGGCCGGGGGAGUCGAUAAGGGCCGGCAGGGGCUGUUAUCUUUUGCCUCUUGUAGAAAAGCCGACACGCGGGCGCUUCGUUCCGCUCGCUAGAUGCCUCGACUGCUCUGACAGCCCUCAGUCCGACACCCGCAACAAGGCGCGGGAUAGAGGCGGCAAUCAUGGACGCGACAAUGGACCGCGACGCGAAAGACGGCAGCCAAGCCCAUGCCGCGACCGACAGCCAAUCCCUGACCGCCGACCCGACGGCGGCCGACGUCCCGCGCGACGUCCCCAUCAACGCGUCGGGCCACGUGCAGGAGCUCGACCGCAACUUCAGCCUCGUCUCGCUCGCCGGCGUGGGCCUGGUGGUGGGCAACGUGUGGCCCGCCAUCGGCGGCUCGAUCCUGGUGGCCAUCUUCAACGGCGGGCCCCCAGGGGUGCUGUACGAGUUCGUCGCCGUGUCGGUCUGCUACUGGGCCGUGGCCGCCAGCAUCGCCGAGCUCUCGAGCGCCAUCCCGUCGUCGGCCGGCGUCUACCACUGGGCCUCGGUGACGCCCGGCCGCCGCUGGGGCCGCCCCGUUGGCUUCUUCGCCGGCUGGUGGAACUACCUCGCCUGGGUCCUCGGCGCCGCGAGCAUGGCGUCCAUCUUUGGCAACACCGUCGUGCAGAUGUACGCCCUCAACCAUGCCGGCUUCGAGGCCCAGCCCUGGCACGUCUUUGUGGCUUACCUGAUCGUCACGUGGCUCGCCGCCGCCCUCGUCUGCCUGGCCAACCGCGCCAUGCCGCGCGCCAACGACUUUGGCGUCGUCGCCAUCUUGGGCGGCUUCCUCAUCACGGUCAUCGUCGUGGCCGCGAUGCCCGGCCACGACGGCCGCCCGCCCCACGCGCCGUCGUCCUUCGUCUGGGGAGAGUGGACGGCCGACAUCGGGUACCCGGACGGGUUCGUAUUCGUGGCCGGCAUGCUCAACGGCGCCUACAGCGUGGGCGCCGUCGACGCUACCACGCACCUGGCCGAGGAGAUCCCCAACCCGAGGCGCAACGUGCCCAUCGCGCUCGGCCUCCAGAUGAGCAUCGGCUUCGUCACGGGGUUUUGCUACCUGGUGGCCAUCAUGUACGCCAUCAACGACUACGCCGCGCUGCUGCGGUCGCCCUACCCCAUCGCCGAGAUCUACCGCCAGGCCACCGACUCGGCCGCCGGCGCCACCGGCCUCCUCGCCCUGGUCCUGGUCUGCAUCACGCUAACGAUCCUGGGCCUGCACAUCACGUGCGGGCGCGCGCUCUGGGCCCUGGCCCGCGACGGCGCCACCCCGCGCGCCGCGGUCCUGCGCCGGGUGCACCGCGGGCUGGGCAUGCCCAUGUGGUCCACGCUCGUGUCGGCGGCCCUCGUGACGGUCCUCGGCGCGCUCUACGUCGGGAGCACGACGGCGUUCAACGCCUUCGUCGGGAGCUUCAUCCUGCUGUCCAGCAGCUCGUACGUGGCCGCCAUCCUGCCCAACCUGCUGGCGGGACGGAAGCGCAUCUCGUACGGGCCCUUCCACAUGCGCGGGUGGGUGGGGUUCGCCGUCAACGGCUGGGCGUGCGCGUACAUGAUGGUAUGGUUCGUCAUCUACAGCUUCCCCGCCUCGCUCCCGACGAGCGCGGCCAGCAUGAACUACGCUUGCUUGAUAUGGGGUGGCCUUACGGUGUUUGUUGGUAUGUGGUGGCUCUGGGGUGCGCGAAGGGGAUACGAAGGCCCGGUGACGACUGGAGGUAUAGAAACCGAAGCCGAGACUGUUGGGGUCUCGCAUCGCCAUGCAGCAUAAAAUGCAACAAUUCUGUCUUUUUUUAUCCUUUAUUUUCCGUCUGUUUUCUACAUUGUAUCCCUGUGUCCCUGCGCCCCGUGGUGGCAUACAAUAACAGCCCAUCCCGGCCGGCAACGAAGCAGCGGGAACCCUCAAGCCUUGGCCUCGUCGCCAAAGGCGUCCCUGCCGUCGGC